CAAUCACCUGACCUAUGCAGCACCACCUUCUCCAACACCGCCCGGCGCUCGCAGGUCAUGAAACCCUCCAAUGCAUCCUCGCUGUCCACAAACUCGACGCUGCGCCCCAGAACACGGAGAUUGAUCAGUGUCGAGGACGAUGCCUAUGCGACAGACGGGAGUGAGAGUAGGCGUAGCAGAGGAGGCUCGAGGACUGCAUCGCCUGCUACAACUUCAACUGGGGCCACUUCGUCGUCGCGCCUCAACGCCACGCCUGGCCCCUCGUCCUUGUUUGUGAGGUCUGCGGGCGCGCAGACUUCAAAAGCCACGCGAGACACGUCGAAAGCGCUGACUGGGCUGUGGGGAAACUCGUGGUCGGCGAUCCAAGGCCUGGCAGCGAACGUGUUGGGCAAUGAGGGGGGCACGCCAGAGCCAAGUGAUACUCGAAAACGAAGAUCGCAACAUGGACGACGUACGUCCACCAGCGCACCUCCGCCAAAGCAAUGGGGGCCUGCAGGCACAGGCUCGCAUGUUGGUGCUGGGCUGCAGGAAGAGCGCGAGGCCAUGGUCCGGGCAAUGAAGCGCAAGGACUUGUUGACCGCCAACGACCACCUGAUGUCGGACUCGAUUGGCCGCAUAAAGCGCAGAAAUUCGGAUGAGCUUCACAGUGCCUCUGCACCGCCUGGCGACAACGACGAUCGAGACGCCCUCGUAUACGUACACCAUGUCCGGCCGCAGGACACGCUGGCGGGACUCAGCAUCAAGUACAACUGUGAGCAGGCUGUAUUAUGCAAGUCAAACCGCAUGUGGCCAAACGACAGCAUACAGACGAAGAAGACGAUAGUACUUCCCGUAGAUGCUUGCGGAGUAAAGGGACGUCCAGUACCGGGACCGGACGUUCUCCCAGAUCAAGAUCUACUACUGGGUGAAUAUGGUGAUAGUACAAGCAAUAAGGGCCAGAAACCAGAUACCAAUGGUCUACCCAAUGGCUGGACCACCCCACGACGCAGAGACACGGAAACAAACUCCACCCUUUCAUCGAGCGCAGACGCAGAACCACCCUGGAAGCACGAUUCCUGGGUCCUUCUCCCCAAUGACAAAACACCCACACCCAUCGGUCGCAUGCCCCGUAAAGCACUCGGCUUCUUCCCACCCGCACGACGGAAAUCCCUUGCCUUCUCAGAAUCAUCGACGCCCCGACCAUCCGUCGACUUUCCCCGCUCCUCCACCUCUACGAACUCACCAUCGCAACCCACACGGCCCCGUGCAUCGAGCAAUCUGUCCUCUAUGUCAGCACACAGCCGUCAGCGCAGUACAUCGGGCAAAGCGUGGGGCCUCCAAGGACCCGGAGGUGUCGGUACGCUGGGUAGAAACGUGAGGAGUCCAGGACCCGCACAGGAUGGUUUGAACAAGAUGUUCGCUGCGCAUCUACCCAACAUGGCGCCACCACCCGGACAGGAGUAUUUCACACCCUGGGCACCGAGCUUGCUAGACGCUGGGCCGGGCACUUCCAGUCAGUAUGGAGGUUCAGGGGCCGUCACACCACUUGGCGGUCCAGGUCUGGAUCUUCAGGAGAUUGGCGGUGCAAUAGAAGGGUGGGUUCGGAAAGUUGGCUCCCAGGCGCAGAAAUUGCUAAGUGAGCCGGGUACGCCUGGUCAGGGGAAGAGAUCUGCUGUCCCUGUUAUUGGGGCUGUUGGUGGGGAUCUGAGCGAUCUGAUUGAACUCAGAGAUGAUGCGUUUGAGAUUGGGGACGAUGAGAGUGACCGGGGGAGGACACCGACAAGUGAGCGGCCGAGGGAGACGAUGGAGCAGUAUCAGAGUGCGAGGCCGAAUAUCAAUCUUGUGCUGCGGGAGAGGGGACGCAAGGGAGAUGGA